UCCGCAGGCUCUGGCCGCGGGACGGGUAGCGGGCUCCUGGAAUCGGGGUCCGCUUCCAGCCCCGGGGAAGCCCUCCCAAGGCGGGGCGCACCAUGUGCUCCGGGACGGGCAGCGGGGGUGCAGGACUCGGGCCCCGGUCCUCGGGGAUCUCCCGGCGCGCGCCAGCGCUCACCUGCGGCCCCGGGGCCGUCCGGCCGCGGCUGGCGGCACCCCGCGGGGUUCGGGGGGUCUCGGGGGCUCCCGGGCGGCUCCCGGGGGCGGGGCCGGGGCGGGGCCGGGGCGGGGCUCCGCGGAGACCCAGGCGGCCCCGGAACCGCCGCGCGCGCGGACUCGGACCCCGACCUGGCCGGGCACGGAGGAGCCAGCUCCAGUGCUGACUGAGGAAGUCUGGAAGGAGGGGGCAGGCGAGGAGAGGCCGGAGUCAGGGACACCCCUCCUUCCCACGCUGCGAGCGCCCGGACGACAGCGAGAUGACGGCCGGGAGCCCCGGAGACUGCGUGGAGGUGCGGAGGAGCCCCGAGGGCCGCGUCUCCCGCCUGGGCCGCCGCCUGGGCCGCCGCCGGCGCCCGCGCUCCCCACCGGAGCCGCUGCGGGUGCGGGCGAGGCUGCGGCUGCGCUCGCCGUCGGGGGCGUUCGCGGCUCUGGGGGCGCUCGUGGUGCUGGUGGGCAUGGGCAUCGCGGUGGCCGGCUACUGGCCGCACCGCGCGGGGGCCCCGGGGCCUCGGGCCGCCAAUGCCAGCUCGCCCCGGGCCAGCGAGCUGCGGCGCGAGGGUCGCGGUGCGGGCCGCGCCCAUGGACCGCACGAGCGGCUGCGGCUGCUGGGGCCGGUGAUUAUGGGCGUCGGCCUGUUCGUGUUCAUCUGCGCCAACACGCUUCUGUAUGAGAACCGAGACUUGGAGACGAGGCGGCUCCGCCAGGGGGUGCUGCGGGCUCAGGCCCUGCGGCCCCCCGACGGCCCUGGCUGGGACUGCGCCCUCCUCCCCAGUCCCGGCCCCAGGACUGCUGGAGCCCUGGGCUGCACAGAGCCAGAAAGUUGGGACCUGUCCCCGCAUCGGGGUACCUCGCCCGUGCCGUCAGUGCGGAGUCUGCGUUCAGAGCCUGCUAAUCCUCGCUUGGGGCUACCUGCCCUGCUCAACAGCUACUCGCUGAAGGGCCCAGGGCUGCCCCCACCUUGGGGUCCACGAACCCAGACUGGCCACGUGAUCAUCACAGUGCAGCCCUCGGGCUCCUGCAUUGAACAUUCCAAGUCUCUGGAUCUGGGCCUUGGGGAGCUCCUCCUGGGGGCCCCAGCAGCUCGGGACUGUGCUCACCGAAGCUGGCCACGGCUGGACCGCCUCAAUCUGGGGGGGUAUGCCAAACUGGGAGGACACUUGGGGGCCCGGGUCUGAGAAGCAGGGAACCACCUGCUAUGAGGCAGCACCAUGGACCUUGGUAACGGGACCAGAGGACCAGUGGUCCAGCGUCUAGUAGCAGCUGCUUCGGUCACAUCACAGGUCAGGACAGAUGCUCUGACCACAGCAGCCACUAAACCUCCUGACCUGUAUGUGGGCAGAGAAAGGCCGGCUGCACUGAGCUCAGUGAGCUGGAGAGGUGUGUUUUAAUGUGGAGUGCGGGACCAGCAUGACUUGGCCUCAGGAUUGUGUUCUGCCUCUAUAUGUGGCCUUAGCCCUGGACAGGUACCUGAGAGGGAUGGAGGUCCAGGUCAAGGUGAUCAGGAGAUGCAUGGGGUGGUUUGGAAAACCCUAAGUGGUGGGUAAGGACCCUUAAGAGUUGGAAGGUAGGUUGGGAUGUUUCAUAUGCACUGAUGAUGGAAUUUGGGCCUCUGGGAAGAUGGUGUGAAACUGAGAAACUCCCACUGCCAUCCAGGAUGGGGAUCGAGCCUUUGACUCCCACCACCUACUAGGACUCUUUCUUCCAUUGGCCCUGGGGGCUCUAACCCAGAAGGGUCGCUAUUGCCACUGCCUUGCCCUGAGGUCUGGCCCGUCCUUCAUUGUGGCCUCUGCUGCAACAGACAGCAUUGAUCAAUUCUUACAAAGGCCCCUUCUAGGAUCCUGAUGUUGUACUUUGGCCAGUGUUGGGUAGCUUAGACUAUGGCUUCAGUUUAGGUGUCUCCCACCCAGGUUUAAUUUUCCCCAUGCUACUGGAGGAAGAGAAAUGGAAAAGUGGAUCAGUCUUUGCAGGCAUUUUUGUUGUUUGUUUAUUGAAAAAUGCAAUACAAGAAGCAAGACCAAACACAGAUCUCAACACUACAACCACUUCCCUGGCUACAAAAGGCCAAAACAGCAGACCUAAUUAUUGCCUAUUUAAUCUAAGGGUUUUUGCCAAUGUAAUUCUGCUGCCAUAGUUCUAUUUUGUCAAGAAAUGUAAACAACUACUUGAUAUAUGAUUCGUAAUUUUUUAAAAAAAUUUACAAAGCUCCUUCAUUUUUUUGUCACCAAAAUAAUACAUUUGAGAGUGAUUGGUAAAAACAAGUAGCCUGGGGCUGGCAUCCUAGACAGAGUUCCUGUGAGUGUCAAGGGUGGUGUCCUCCCAUCUCCCGGGAAUGCAGAGUCUGGCCUGGGAGAGGGGGGGACAGGUGCUCUGACAGGUCCCUGCAGGUAGGCUCCCUGGGCUUAUGAGGACAGGUCUUGCUUUGCAGGUGGGUGGCAGAGAUCCCAUGAAGUUUGAAGGAAACUUACUUCUGAAGUAAAAAUAAAAUUGCAGCGAGAUUUGUUACUGUGGUGUGUCUGAGUCACUUUAGGAAAAUUGCUGCCAAGCUUCUGACCCUGGAAAUGUCACCCUUCUCCCCCCUUCACCAUUUCUACCUGGACAGAGUUUGUUCACACACACACACACAACUGCAGAA